AUGGCGGCGGCGGCGGGCGGCGGCGGUUGCCCGGGGCCUGGCUCGGCGCGGGGCCGCUUCCCGGGCCGGCCACGGGCCGGCGGACGGGGCCGCUCCCGAGGCAGGCGGCGCAGAGCAGGCAGGUGGCCCUGCAGGCGAGGCAGCGGCGCGAGAGGGCUGGAGGAGCAGAACCAGCGAGACAGCCUGCGCCGCCUGCUCGGCCUCCGCCGGGGCCUGCGCCGGUUCCGCCGUUUGUGGAAGGGGCUGCACACCCGCCGGGGCCGGAGCCGGAGUCGGGGCCGGGGCCGAGCCGGCCUGCAAGAGGAGUCCGACCCGGGCCAGGGGCAGGAGGAGGAGGAGGAGGAGAGCACUGACGAGGAGAACGAGGAGGAGGAGGAGUUUCUGGGUUUCCACUCAGAUGAAGAUGUGGCCCCCAGUUCCCUGCGCUCUGCGCUGCGGUCCCAGCAAGGUGGAACCCCCAGAGGCCGGGGCCGCAAACACAGGACCACUCCCCCUCCACCUCCCCGCCCAGCCGAAGUGGCCCUUCCCCCCCAGAAGGCCCCGUCCCGGAGACGGGGCGAGACUGGCAAAGAGCGGAUGGUGCAGGUACUGGCUGAGCUGCUUCAGCGGGCCCAGGCCCCGCCAAGUCCCCGGGGCCGCAUCUCCGAAUCUCCCACCCCUCGUCGGCCUCGAGGCCGGCCACCAGGCUCUUCUAAGAAGAAGAAGGUGGCAGCGGCGACUCCCAAGGCCGCAGCGAUUCCCAAAGCUGUGCCGACUCCCAAGGCUGUGCCGACUCCCAAGGCUGUGCCGACUCCCAAGGCUGUGCCGACUCCCAAGGCCGCGCUCCCCGUAGUCCCGGGAAGUCGACGUGCUGGGGCCUGGAGACACCGAGAGGCCACAGGCCCCGGGAGCCACAAAAGAGGGGACUCGGGCCGUGGGGGCCGAGGAGGUAGAGGCCGUGGCCGGGGAAGGCUCCCUCUCCUACUCAAGUUCGUCUCAAAGGCCAAAAAGAUGAGGAUGGGACAGUUGACCUUGGGACCCGAGCCAGGACGGGGUCGAGGCCGUCGAAGGGGGUGCCGCCGGGGAGUCCCUCCAGGUAGAGUUGGAUCUGACCGAGGAGAGGACCAACAUCCAAAGUGGCAGCCAGAGGAAAAAGAAGAAAAAGACGAAGAAGAGAAGAGGGUGACUGAGGAAGAGGAAGAAAAGGCACCUUCACCACCACCUCCUCUGCCUACUCCCCCUCCUCCACCUUCCCCUCCCCCUGCCCCACCUCUACCCCCUCCACCCCCUCCAGCUCCUGAGGAGGAGGGAGAGACGCCCCCUCCCCUGGCCACAGCAGCUACUAGAUCUCGAAAAAGAGGCCGGCCUCCCCUGACCCCUACCCAGCGAGCCGAACGAGAAGCGGCCCGAGCAGGGCCGGAAGGUGGCUCUCCCCCUACCCCUGUCCCUCCUGCAGGGCCUCCUGAAGACAGUCCUACAGCCCCCCCCAAGGGGACCACUUUCCUGAAAAACAUUAGACAGUUUAUCAUGCCUGUGGUGAGCGCCCGAUCUUCCCUGCUCCCAUCAAACCCCUCACGGGUUCAUGGACGCAAGAGACCCCGACCCCCAAGGACUGAAGCCUCUCGGCCCCCUUGCCCAAGUCUCUCUCCACCAGCCCCCCAAGAACCAACUCCAGCUCCUGCACCUCCCCAAUCACCAACACCCCCACCAGCCCCUCUUCCUGAAAAGAGACGUUCUAUCCUGAGGGAGCCCACAUUCCGAUGGACUUCACCGAGUCUGGAGCUAGCCCCACCUCCGCCUCCAGCUCCUCCACCAGCCCCUCCCCCAGCACCCAUGACCCCAUCCCGAAGGCCUCUUCUGCUUCGAGCUCCCCAGUUCACUCCCAGUGAAGCCCACCUGAAGAUCUAUGAAUCUGUGCUAGCCACACCCCUGCCUGGGGCCCCCGACCCCCCUGAGCCAGAGCCUCCCCCAGCCGAUGAACCGAUUUUAGAGCCUGAGGCGCGGACGGGGAGUCGAACCAAUCACCUCAGCUUGCCCUGCUUCACCCUUCGGCAGCCACCCCCACCAAGGGCGCGAGGGCCCUAAGGCUCACUGCCCCUAAUGGCAACAGAGAGUGCCCCCGCCCCCCCGAGGAGCAGAGUCUCUGUGCCCGGGGCACGAUCGCUUCCUCUCUCUGGAGUAGAAGAGAAGAUGUUCAGUCUUCUCAAGAAGGCGAAAGUCCAGCUGUUUAAGAUCGAUCAGCAGCAGCACCAGCAGAAGGGGGCCCACCCAGUUCCGCCAAGCCCCGGAAUGAAGGUGGAAGAGGCUGUGAGGAUCCUCAAGCAGAGCCCUGAGAGAGGAGUGGUCAAGUCUGAGGACGAGUUCCUGGAAGCCAAGAAGGAGAGACCCCCGGGUCCCGAGUCUCCCGUGCAGGGCCCUCGGAUCAAACACGUGUGUCGGCACGCCGCCGUGGCGCUGGGCCAGGCCCGGGCCAUGGUGCCUGAGGACGUCCCUCGGCUCAGUGCCCUGCCCCUUCGGGAGCGGCACGACCUUGCGGCUGAUGAUACAUCCUCAGCAUCUGAGACCGAAGGCAUCCCGUCACGCUCCCGAAGGGGAAAGGUGGAACCAGCCGGCCUGGGGGGGAGCUCGGGGUCCACAGGGACCGGGGGUACCCUGCCCCACGCCCCGAGGCGUUCCCUGCCCUCCCACCAGGGCAAGAAGAUGAGGAUGGCACGGUGCGGCCGCUGCCGAGGCUGCCUGCGACUGCAAGACUGUGGGUCCUGUGUCAAUUGUCUGGACAAACCCAAGUUUGGAGGCCCCAACACCAAAAAGCAGUGCUGUGUGUACCGGAAGUGUGAUAAGAUUGAGGCCCGAAAGAUGGAGCGCCUGGCCAAGAAAGGCCGCACAAUGGUGAAGACCCUGUUACCCUGGGAUUCCGACGAAUCCCUGGAAGCGUCUCCUGGGCCACCCGGGCCUCGGCGGGGGUCAGCGGGCGGAGGGCCCCGGGAGGAGGCAGUGGCCCCACCUGGCCCUGAGGAGCAGGAUCCCCUUCUGCAGCGCAAGUCAGCCCGGCGCUGCGUCAAACAGCGGCCUUCCUAUGACAUUUUCGAAGACUCGGACGAUUCUGAUCCGGGUGUCCCUCCAACUUCUCGCCGCCGUGCCCCUCGAGAAAACGAGCUGCCCCUGCUGGAGCCGGAGGAACAGAGCCGGCCCAGAAAGGCCACCUUGCAGCCUGUGGUGCAGCUUAAGGCUCGGCGGCGUCUGGAAAAGGACACUUCUGCCCCCGGACCCUUCGCCUCCUUCCCCAAUGGCUGGACUGGAAAGCAAAAAUCUCCUGAUGGCAUCCACCGAGUCCGUGUGGAUUUCAAGGAGGACUGUGACCUGGAAAACGUGUGGCUGAUGGGUGGUCUGAGCGUGCUCACUUCUGUGCCUGGGGGUCCCCCCCUCGUGUGUCUGCUAUGUGCCAGCAAAGGCUUACAUGAGCUGGUAUUCUGCCAGGUCUGCUGCGACCCUUUCCACCCCUUCUGCCUGGAGGAGGCGGAACGGCCGCUGCCUCAGCACCACGACACCUGGUGCUGCCGUCGGUGCAAAUUCUGCCACGUCUGUGGUCGUAAGGGCCGGAGCACCAAGCACCUCUUGGAGUGUGAGCGCUGCCGCCAUGCCUACCACCCCGCCUGUUUGGGGCCCAGCUACCCGACCCGGGCCACGCGAAAAAGGCGUCACUGGAUCUGCUCGGCCUGUGUCCGGUGUAAAAGCUGUGGAGCGGCUCCGGGGAAGAACUGGGACAGCGAGUGGUCGGGGGAUUGUAGUCUUUGCCCGAGCUGUACCCAGCUUUAUGAGAAAGGAAACUUUUGCCCAAUUUGUACACGCUGCUAUGAGGAUAACGACUACGAGAGCAAGAUGAUGCAGUGCGCACAGUGUGAUCACUGGGUGCACGCCAAGUGCGAGGGCCUCUCAGACGAGGGCUACGAGAUUCUGUCUGGGCUGCCAGACUCGGUGCUAUACACGUGUGGGCCCUGUGCUGGGACGGCCCCUCCCCGAUGGCGAGAAGCCUUGGAUGGGGCUCUUCGGGGGGGGCUGCACCAGGUUCUGCAAGGGCUACUGAGCUCCAAGGUGACUGACCCACUUUUUGUGCCACUGCAGUGUGGACAGGACGGGGAACAGUUGCACCGAGGACCCUGUGACCUUCGCGCCGUGAGCCAGCUCUUUGAAGAGGGGCACUACAGCCUGCAGCAGCACAGCUUCAUGGAAGACGUGGUCGGGAUCCUAAUGAGACACAUGGAGUAGCUGAGAUGCCCUGAGCGCCGGGCUGUGCGUGGGCAGGCUAAAGGCUCCUCCCUCUCCCUCCUGGAGUCUGCCUUUGGCUGGUUCGAUGCCCAUGAUCCCAAGUACUGGAGACGGAAUACCCGGCUGCCCAACGGCGUCCUGCCCAAUGCCGUCCUGCCGCCUUCGGCGGAUCACAUCUAUGCUCAGUGGAGACAACAAGAGUCCGAGGUGCCGAUGCCAAGCCAUCCCCCCGGGGGGGGCGCCGUCCCAGCAGUCGUGCAGACAAAGGAGCCCGCUUUGGAGUCCCACCUGGAGGACCCUCGUCAGUGUGCGCUCUGCCUCAAGUAUGGGGACGCCGACUCCAAGGAGGCUGGAAGGCUCCUGUACAUCGGACAGAACGAGUGGACACACGUCAACUGUGCCAUCUGGUCAGCAGAAGUGUUUGAGGAGAACGAUGGCUCCCUCAAGAACGUUCACGCCGCUGUGGCCCGUGGCCGGCAGAUGAGGUGUGAGCUGUGCCUGAAGCCUGGGGCCACCGUGGGCUGCUGCUUGUCCUCCUGCCUUAGCAAUUUCCACUUCAUGUGCGCCCGCGCCAGCUGUUGUAUCUUCCAGGAUGACAAGAAGGUUUUUUGCCAAAAACACACGGACCUCCUGGAUGGCAAGGAGAUCGUGACUCCCGACGGCUUUGACGUUCUGCGCCGCGUCUAUGUUGAUUUUGAGGGCAUCAGUUUCAAGCGAAAGUUUUUGACGGGUUUGGAGCCAGAUGCCAUCAACGUGCUCAUUGGCUCUAUCCGAAUCGAUUCUCUGGGGACGCUCUCUGACCUGUCGGACUGCGAGGGAAGACUCUUUCCCAUUGGCUACCAGUGUUCCCGUCUGUACUGGAGCACAGUGGACGCCCGGCGGCGCUGCUGGUAUCGGUGCCGGAUCCUCGAGUAUCGACCCCGGGGCCCUCGGGAGGAGCCUGACCACAUCGGGGCAGCGGAGGAGAACCGGACCAUUGUGCACAGCCCCAUCCCCCCCGCAGAGCUGCUGGGAGCCGAGCCCCCCCAACCAGGACCUGACACCCUUUGCCAGGGUCCUGAGCGCUACUCCCCUGCCCAGAGCACGGGUCCCUUACCCCCUCCUCCAGAGCCAAGCGUCGCCCCCUCCCCGGCCCCGCGGUCUGUCUCAGGGGCUAGAAUCAAAGUGCCCAACUACUCCCCUUCCCGAAGGCCCCUGGGAGGCGUCUCCUGCUGGCCAUUGCCCUCCCCUGGAAGUCCAUCAUCUCUGACCCACCACAUCCCAACGGUCGGGGAUCCUGACUUCCCAGCUCCCCCAAGACGUUCCCGCCGUCCCAGCCCCCUGGCGUCCCGGCUGCUGCCCCGACGGGCGUCCCCGCCCCCCCGGCCCGCUCCUCAGCUCAGGGUGCCCCCUCCUACCUCAGCCCUCGAGGCCCUCAUGCCUACCUCAGGGGAGCUGGCUCCCCCCGGCCCAGCCGCCUCCCCCCCACCUCCUCCUGAGGACUUGGGCCCUGACUUUGAGGACAUGGAGGUGGUGCCGGGGCUGAGCGCGGCCGACUUGGACUUUGCGGCCAGCCUUCUAGGGUCCGAGCCCUUCCAGGAGGAGGAGAUUGUGGCGGAGGGGGCUGGGGGCAGUAGCCGAGGGGGGCCGGGGGAUAGCUCGGAGGAGGAGGCCGGCCCCCCUACCCACUACAUUCACUUCCCCCCCACUGUGGUGCCUGGCCCCGCCCCACCUCCUGGUCCACUACCCGGAACCCCCAGAAUCGAACAACUGGACGGAGUGGAUGACGGCACAGACAGCGAAGCUGAGGCCGUCCAGCAGCCGCGGGGCCAGGAAGCCCCCGCUUCGGGGCCAGGAGUGGGAGGGGGGGGGUGGGGGGGGGAUGGAGCAAGGCCCCCCGAGGACCUCCCUUCAGAGAUUGUUGAGUUUGUACUCAAGAACCUAGGUGGAGCUGGUGAGGGCGGGGCCGGCCCCGGUGAAGAACCCCCCCUGCCACCGCCCUCCCUGGCCAACGGCAGCCAGGCCCCCCCAGCCCCGCUCCCCGCCCCAGCCGACCCCCCCCGGACGUUUGCCUGGCUUCCCGGGGCUCCUGGAGUCCGAGUCCUCAGCCUCAGCCCCGCCCCCGAGCCCCCCAAAACUGCUGCCUCCAAGAUCAUUCUGGUAAACAAACUGGGCCAGGUGUUUGUGAAAAUGGCCGGGGAGAGCGAUCCAGGCCCGCCUCUGCCCAAACGGCCCCCACCGACCCCUCCGACUGCCAGCCCGGCCUGGGGUCCGCCCGGCCCCGCCGAGUGCUGCCCAGGCGGGUGGAAGUGCCCACCCACCCCCAUCGCUGGUCUCCGGAAGACAGCUGGCCCCCAGCCCCGCCCAGCCACCGAGCCCAAAGAGGCGCGACUCGCCAGUCAGAGUCCUCGCACUUCAAACAAGGCCCCCCGGCUGGAUGGGGAGGGGGAUUCCCUCGAGAGUAUCCACCAACCAGUGGGGACCUUGGGCAGUGGACUGAGCCGAGUACGCAUGAAAACGCCCACCGUGCGGGGGGUCCUGGACCUGGAUGCCCCUGGGGAGCCGAGCAGGGAGGAGAGUCCCAUGACCCUCCCUGACCGUAGCCUCAUUGAACGCAGCCUCCCAUGUCUCCCAAGGCCCUCCACCUGCUUGAGCCCCAGUGGCACCACUACUCAGAAUUUUGAGAUCAGCAGUGAAGACGGCUUCAGUGUGGAAGCAGAGAGCCUGGAGGGCGCCUGGCGCACCUUGAUCGAGAAAGUCCAGGAGGCCCGAGGGCACGCCCGGCUCAGGCAUCUCUCCUUCAGUGGGAUGAGCGGCGCGCGGCUCUUGGGCAUUCACCAUGACGCCGUAAUCUUCCUGGCGGAGCAGCUGCCUGGUGCCCAGCGCUGCCAUCACUACAAGUUCCGAUACCACCAGCAGGGGGAGGGGCAAGAAGAGCCCCCCCUGAACCCCCACGGAGCCGCCCGCGCCGAAGUCUACCUCCGGAAAUGCACCUUCGACAUGUUCAACUUCCUGGCGUCCCAGCAUCGGGUGCUGCCUGAGGGAGCUACCUGUGAUGAGGAGGAGGACGAGGUGCAGCUCAGGUCCACCAGGUAUGGGGUGGGGGAGGGCGGUCUAGAUGGGGAAAACACCAGCAAACCGCAACGAACACCGCCGGUAGUUUCACGACGGGUGGUGGUGGGUCUGGCCGGCUGGCUGGGGCCUCCGGCGGGGCCAAGGUCACCUCACAGGUCCUUCCGGCAGGGAAUCGGGUGCUACAUGUUCCGCAUGGACGACUUUGACGUGGUGGACGCCACCAUGCACGGCAACGCGGCGCGCUUCAUCAACCACUCGUGUGAGCCCAACUGCUUCUCCCGCGUGAUCCACGUGGAGGGCCAGAAGCACAUCGUGAUCUUCGCCCUCCGGCGCAUCCUCCGGGGGGAGGAGCUCACCUACGACUACAAGUUCCCCAUCGAGGACGCCAGCAACAAGCUGCCCUGCAACUGUGGGGCCAAGCGCUGUCGCCGCUUCCUCAACUGACCCGCCCCCCCAGCCCAAGCUGUCGCCCCUGGCCUGGCCCUGAGGGGACCCCACCCAUGUCCUUGGCCAUCUUGUCCCCGUCCCCCCCCCCAGCCUCAGCACGCGUCCCCAGGGAGCCCUGCCUGCCCUCUUCCAGUUAGCACCUGCCUGCAGGGUCCAGGAUGUAGAUAUAUUGUACAAAGGUUUCUAAAUCCCUUCUUUUCUAUGCACUUUUUUAUUUAAACGGUGGGGUCCCAGGGGGGGCUCCCCCCACAAUAAAGUCCGUCAAUGUUUGGA